AAGGGUAAGUGCCAUCAACCCAGAUGCUUUGUCAGCUGCACUGACUUCACUUCUCAUGCACCCAGCCCUCCUUUGCUCCUUACCCCAGCGAGCUGAACCUGGGGGUGUUUAGGACCCAGCCCAGCUCCUGCUCCCUUUCAGCUCUCUUCAGGGUUAUUACUUGGUGGGAGGUAGGGUCCAGGGCUCAGUGGUGUGAAUGGGAGGGUGACAGAAAAUCUGGACUGAAAAGCUCCAACUGGAAUAGCUCGCCUGUAUCCAGGCAACAGGCCUGACGCAACCACCGACAAAAAAAUCCCUUAAAACACACACACACACACACACACACACACAGAAAUUUCAGCAGCAAGACAGAGACAAGAGCGAGACAGAAACCUGAUGGGUCCACUGACUGAGCUUUGCAAACCCCAAGUUGCAAACCAGAGGCAGAAGGAGUGACAGAGCAAGACAGCAUGUCUCUGGCAUAGUAAUUGUCACUCAGCCCCCGGUGUUUUCCGUAAUUAAAGUGACGCCGGAGCGGAGAACCAGCUGAUGUGGCUGGCAGGCUUAUGAGAGCUUGCUUUUGUGCAUCAAGUCAGCAGAUGGAAGCUGUUCUCAGAAGGAUUCCCUGAGUUUUGCUGUUGCCCUUAACUUUACAAUCAACCUCUAUAACAUUUUACUACAGAAGAGGAUGUCGUUGCCCAGAAUCCAAAUAGAAGAGGUGGUGGACAGUCCAGAUGCCUCCUCUGAGAAUGCCACACCCCCACAUGACCACCUGAGAAGCCUGAAGGCUCUGACAGAGAAACUGAGACUGGAGACCAGGCGCCCUUCCUACUUGGAGUGGAAAGCCAAACUUGAGGACCAGACAUGGAAGAGCCCCAAGCCCUCUGCGGGGGAAGAGGUUAAAGAAGAGAAAAAGGCCACAGAGGAAGUCAUCCCUUUAAGAAAGGUGCAGGUGCAUCUCAAAGGGAGUUCUUCCCAGGAGAAGGUGACUCUUACUUCAGGGAAACUAAGUGGUUUUGAAAGCAUUGAGGAAGCUCUGAAUUGGCUCAGGAAGGAACUGACAGAAAUGCGCCUGCAGGACCAGCAACUGGCACGGCAGCUCAUGCGGCUGCGCAGCGACAUCAACAAGCUGAAGAUCGAGCAGACUUGCCACCUGCACCGGCGCAUGCUCAACGACGCCACCUACGAGCUGGAGGAGCGGGACGAGCUCGCCGACCUCUUCUGCGACUUCCCGCUCAUGAGCGCCUUCAGCCUCUCCGCACCCCUCAAGCUCAUCGGCGUCACCAAGAUGAACAUCAACUCCCGCAGGUUCUCGCUGUGCUAGAGCGGGGAGGGGGGCACGGGAGGGAGCACCCCUGGGGGAGCGGAGGUGCAGACAGAGGGAUCCCUCCACUGAACUGCCAGAGCUGAAGACUCAAAGAGGACGCAGAGGGGAAGAGGUAAAAUGCGGUAGAUCCCACAGCUGCCCUUGCCUCCAGGUGGUGCCGGUAGAUCUCAGCCCUGACACAGUAUGGAGAAGCCUACAGACAAGCUGGGGUAUUAGAACCAUCAGGAACCAGGAAGAGCCUCUGAGGCUAACACCUGCAGUUUAGUCUGCUCCUUUGCAAGUGCAAUCCCACCUCCUCCUCCUCAUCCGUAAGUAAUUGUAAAAGACAGUGGCGUGCCAGAAGGAUCUGCGAGGCAGCAGGAGGCCACUGGAUCUCCCAGGUGCUUGGAAAUCAAAGGGAAGGUUACAAGUACAGCCAUGCACCAAAGCAAAACCCCUUUCAUCCGCCUGGGGCCAGAAACCAUGGCUCCUCUAAAAACCAAUGAUACUCCUCUGUCUGGAGGGGCUGAGAGUUGCUGUCUUGAUUAGAAAGCUGAUUUCCAAUGGCAGCCGUGCUUCCAAGGGAUGAGUUAUAGUGGGUUUAUGUCGUGCACAAUCCCAAAAGAACGGCAGAGAAGCUGGGCUUGUCCUGACUUGUGCCUUCGCUGUGAAUGGUAACUAUGGACAUCAUAUACAUUUAUACAGCGAUUCAGGCUGGUCUGUGCCCCCUGGAGGAUAUGAUCAGGGCUGCAAAUGUUCUGGAUUUCAUUCUUAACUUGUUUUCUCUACAACAGCCGUACAAGGCGGCUCGGUUAUCCCCCAAACGGACUAAGAAACAUAGGGCAAUAGACCAGCACUGUGAUGGCCCACAUCCCCAUCCCACUGGCAUCAGGUGGGCCUCGGCCAACACUCCCCAGGAUCAGCCUCCAGCGUGCCAGGCUAGCCGUAUCCAAAUAAAAGAAGGAAAUGUAAAGAGGAAAACAGAUAUGUUUCCUAGUGACCACAAUAGUAAGAAUUACUGUAAAAUUACUACAAGAAAGAGAGCUAUUGCCAAGUCUGCUGUUGAUCUGUGGUGUGAGCGUGUGCUCAGCAACACAGAGAGUGACCAUUUACUGCCAAACAGAGCCAUCAGUCUAUAUUGUAUCAGGAUUGUUUCAAGGCUCUGCUUCCGUCCCUUCUAAGCCUUCACCGAACACAGAUCUCUGGGGCAAUGCCCUCCAUUCUUCACAAGCGUAAAGGAACUUCUGUCCCUAAGUUGCAUUACUCGUCACACCAGGCCAGCUGUGCUCUUCCCUACCUGCGAGAUCAGCUUCACAAAUCAGUUUCCCGAGCGUCGGCUUGGAGGAAGCUCUUCUGGUGAAUGGCAGAGGGCGCAGACAGAGGCACCUGCACGUCUUUGAUCGCAAAUUUUAUAAUGUGUAUAAGCCCAUCAGAAUCCACAGGGACCUAGAAAGGAAUGACAGGGCAGUGAAGUCUUUUCGGUUUAGUUUUUUCCUUCCCUUGAAUGAUUUGGGCUUUAGUAGCUCCAGGGUGUCCAUAUCAUUUAAUCGGAAACUACAAUAGCUUUCAGAGUGAGCAGUGGCUCAAGAUUGUCACUGGAGGUCAUUAACCGAUCCUUAUUGCAGUAAGGCAUGCCAGUUAGCCACCUCUUAUGCAUGGGGUAUUAAUCUCCCAGAAACCGGUCAGGAGGUCUGUCAUGGGUGCGUGACCACUGCUAACAUUCAGUCUUGAUUAAAGUAUCGACAGUAUCCUACAGCGCUGGUCCAGUACUGCAGUGUUCUGUAGCAAUGGCUGAUUACGACAGUAACAGUAAUACCCAGCUCUUAGCAGUGCUUUUGAUGAGCAGAUCUCAAAGCAAUUUACAAAGGAGGUCAGUUUCGUUAUCAAUACCCAGAAAGGCACGGGAACAAAUUAUCAGACCAUCAUUAGUAAGCACCUAGAGGAUAAUAGUGUUAUAAGGAAUAACCAGCAUGGAUUUGUCAAGAACAAAUCAUGCCAAACCAACCUAAUUUCAUUCUUUGAGAGGCUUACUGGCCUGGUUGAUAUGGGGGAAAGCGGUAGAUGUGAUAUAUCUUGACUUCAAAAGGCUUUUGACACAGUCCCAUAUGAUAUUCUCAUAAGCAAACUAGGGAAAUGCCAUCUAGAUGAAACUACUAGGGCAAGUGGGUUAUCAAUGGUUUGCUGGGGGAUGUGUCUAGUGGGGUCCUGCAGGGGUCUGUCCUAGGUCUGGUGCUAUUAAAUAUUUUAAUUAAUGAUUUGGAUGAUGGAGUGAAGAUUACACUUGUAAAAUUUGCAGGUGACACCAAACUGGGAUGGAUUACUGCACUUUGAAGAUUAGAAUUCAAAAUAACCUCGAUAACUUAGAGAAUUGGUCUGAAAUCAACAAGAAGAAAUUCAAUAAAGACAAGUGUACAGUACUUCACUUAGAAAGGUAAAAUCAAAUGCACAACUACAAAAUAGUGAAUAACUGGCUAGGUCAUAGUACUGCUGAAAAGGAUCUGGGGGUUAUAAUGGAUCACAGAUUAAAUAUGAGCCAACAAUGUGAUGCAAUUGUGAAAAAGGCUAAUAUCAUUCUGAGGUGUAUUAACAGGAGUGUCAUAAGUAAGACCUGGGAGGUAGCUGUCCCACUCUACUCAGCACUGGUGAGGCCUCAUCUGGAGUACUGUGUCCAGUUUUGGGUGCCGCACUUGUAGAAAGAUGUGGACAAAUUGGAGAGAAUCUAGAGGAGAGCAACAAAAGCAAUAAAAGAUUGAGAAAACCUGACCUCUGAUGAAAGGUUAAAAAAACCUGACAUGUCUAGCCUUGAGAAGACUGAGAGAGGAUUGAUAAUUUUAAAACACGUUAAAGGCUGUUAUAAAGAGGACGGUGAUCGGUUGGGCUCCAAUGUCCACCAAGGGGAGGAGAAGAAGUAAUGGGCUUCACUGAAACAAGGGGGAUUUAGGUUAGAUACGAGAAAAAACUUUCUAAAUAUAACUUAUAUAAGGAGAGUUAAGUAGAGGAAUGGGUUACUACAGGAGGGUGUAGAAUCCCUGUCCCUGGAGGUUUUUAAGACAAACAUCUGUCAGGGAUCGUCUAGGUUUACUUAACCCUGCCUCAGUGAGGAGGGAUGGAUUAGACGUAUUGCUGCCUGCAGUGCUCAAGACCAUGGGUACCUGCCUCAGGCCAGACUGUUAGUAACCAAGACACAAACUCCAGAUCUACACUUAGAUUUCACAGCCAAUUACCAUGGGUAAACUCCUCUGGCACUACAGCACCCUUAGCGUGGAGUCACAGACAGUCCCAUUGGGUAUUCUGAUCUGUCUCACCAACCAGGUGAGCAUACCUUUGUGAUAGAUGGUCCCUUACACCAAGGAGCACAGCAAUAUUCAGGUUACUCUCAGUCCCAACGGAUCAGUCACUUACCCCAGGUCACUUGCACCCUAGCUCUCACACCAAAGACAAUGCUUGUAGCCAAUCCUAUAACAAACUAACUAAAGAUUAAUUAAAUAAGAAAAGGAAACCAGAGAGUUAUUUACAAGGUUAAAGCAAGUAAACAUAGAUACACAAAUGAGUUACAAUCUUAAAUUGCAAAAGGUAAUAGGAGCUUCUAUAAUCGGCAAGCUCUGUAUGUCUUUUAGGGCUAACCCAGGCUAAGCAACUGGGGAUCUCUCACUUAUGCCUAGAAACACUGUGCCCCCCAGAGUCCAAGCAGCAUAGAAAUACUAAAUUCCUUUGGUUUGUGGUUUUCAUCCCCCUACUGCCAUGUACUCUGAGUUGCAAACUCAGUUGAUGGGAGGAAUCCACUU